CCUUUCGAGGAAAAUUGGGUGCAAAUUCUCAGUUGGCGCACUUAACAGCAGACACAAAGCUCCUGCUUGGAGUUCAUUUCAGGUCGAGGAAAAGCUUUGUGACACUCUUACGCAGGCACUUGUGCUUGUCUGAGCUACUGAUACAAUGAAGUCAACUCGUUUGCUCCUGGUCUUUCUUCUAAUACAGGUUCUCAUUAUUGACGGAUUCGCCAAAGGUACAAAGAAAAAGAAAAAAGCUACCAAGGAUCAGUUGGAAGAGGAAUACGAGUAUGAAGAAUAUGAAGAGGACGAGUAUUAUGACGAUGAGGAUUCAGAAUAUUACGAAUAUGAAGAGUACGAAGACGAAGAGGAGAGUGCAGAAAAUGGAAAUGAUGUCGGUGGGAAUAAAGGCGAGCAGGAUUUUGAAUAUGAAUAUGUUGACGAAGAAUGUACAACUAAUGCAACCGCAGAUGAAGGCAGCACAACUCCUACAAUUUUGGUUGAAGGAAGUCCAGCUCCAGAGAAUGCCAAUAAGGUGAACACAACUUCUGGAACUGUCGGUGGAGGAAUCACAACUCUUGGAAGUGAAGACAAAGGAAGCACAACUCACGAAGAAAGUAUUGAUCAUGGAACGAUAAAUGAGGAAAUUGUUGAAAACGGAAACGUAGACGCAGGAAGUAUUCAUAAUGGAAAUGAAGGAAAUUCAGAUGGGAAUAAAGAAGAGGAAAGUACAACUCUUGGAAAUUUAGAUAAAGGAAGCUCAACACCUGGAAAUGUUCAAAAUGGGAGUGUUGCUGAAGAAGGUACCGAUUAUGGAUAUGAAGACUACGAAGACGAAGAAGAAGAAAGUACAACUCUUGGAAAUGAACAUAAGGGUAGUUCAACAAUUGCAAAUGUUGGCAAUGGAACAACUCAUAAAAAUGUGGAUGAAGAAGGUUCAGAGAAUGAAAAUGAAAGUGAAGAAAAUUCUAAAGAAAGAAGUACAACUUAUGGAAUAGUAAACAAAGGAAGUACGACAGUGGCGAAUAAAAUAGAUGAGAAGAGUACAACUAAAGGAAAAGUAAACGAUCGAAGUACAACUAAAUCAAGUGUAGACGAAGGGGAAACCGAUCAUGAAAAUGCAGGCGAAGGAGGCACUGGCGAGGAGAAUACAGAUGAAUCAGAUUAUUACGAUGAGUACGAAACAGACGAGGAAAAUACAGAGGACCAAAGUGUGGAUGAACACUUACAAAAAACAACAUCACAGUCUCAAAAUGCACUUGAUGUUUCUUCAACCGCUGCUUUUACAUCAACAACGAAAUCAAUUUCUGUGUCUAAAAUUCCUGAUGUUUCAAUGACUGCUACAAAAACAAAUUUGGAAAUCUUUACGCCUACAAAUCCUGAUGAAAAUAAUCCGUUCGAAUCUGCAAUACUUGUAUCUACAAGAAAGGCAGAGCUUUUUAAAACGCGAGAGCCAAGUUCCCAGAGCACACUUCGUUAUUCUACACUUAAAACCACUAUACAGAAGACGGAGAAACCUUCUCAACAGUCAUUUUCAAAAUCUACGUCUCUGCCUGAAAUUUUGAAACCUUCUUUAAUAUCAGAUAAACCCAAACUCACAACUAAUAAACCAAAUCAGUUGGUGGGUGGCGAUAAAAAAUCUUCCACUGUAGAUGUAGCUUCAAAAUUUGUGCGAAGAACUACGACGCUUUCAACCACUCCCAUGCCAUCAAAGAAUUCAUCGUCCAUGGUUACACAAACGCCUGAAAUUACUGCAAAAUACCCGCGACCCCAUCUCUCUGGUUCAAAAACAACGACUCAAUCUGUGGGAACUAAAUUAACAUCAGACCAGGAACCUAUCGAUGAAAAGACUAAGCCAUCAAAAUCAACGACUGAAACUUCAACACAAUCAAUUGAAGAUACUGAGGAAAGUGAAUCUUCAGAUUAUUAUGAUGAGGAAACUGAAGGUGAUGACGAGGAAAUUUAUGAAUCUUUAGAAACCUCAACCUUACCAACAACACCUAGCCAUGAAGAAGAAGAAUUUGAAGAAUUCACUUCUGAAAACAUUGAAAUAACUCAUUCCAUUGAAACCAGUACAGCUAAAACGAAUUUAAGCGCAAAUGAGUUGUCCAUAGCCUACGAAAUUACUAAAAAAACACCAAAGCCAACACCUGGUAAUCCUGAUAUGACAUCAGAACGUUCAUCAAAAAAGCCGAUCGUUGAUUUAACGACAACCACGGUGACCACUGAAGAAUCAAUUCAAACAGAAGAGUAUCCAGAAGAGAGAUCAACGGAAGGACUCAGAUCUACUUCAACUGAAUUAUCUAGUAGAAAGACGUCAACCACAGAGAUUUCUACUGAAUUAAGCUCAAAUUCGACCAAAUUUGAAGAACCGGAAUCAACUGAAAAGGGGCCAACAAGUCCUGCAGCAGCAACUCCUAAUUUAGCUGCACUAUGUCCUUUUCUAUCUGGAAGUAACUCUUCGGCAAACCCAAAUAAAUUAAAAGAAAGGAGAUGCUUCACCGCAGAUUUUUCUAAAUCAAUUAAAUGCUGCAAAAGUACACCGUCUGCACUAUUUCUUCUGGAGAAGAAAGGAACAACUUGUGGAAUGGAAAAUUUCAAAGCGUUAAAAGUUCUUCACGAUUUUUCAUUGAACAAGCAACAACACAUAAAAAGCAACAGCUCAAUUGGAUUCAAAAAUCGCCAGGCAAAAGAAGUGUUUGGACAAAAAUCUUGUUUCAUCAAUUGCUUCCUGAAAGCAAGAGAUGUCAUGACACCAGACUUGCAGAUUGACAAGAUGAAACUAGUUGCAUUAUUGAGUUCACCGCAAAAAAAGCGCAAGAAACCCGAAGAAAACGGUAAUAAUAAUGCUUUAAAGCAAAAAAAGAAAGUGGAGACCAAAGGGAACGAAAAGAAAAAGAAUGGCCAUCGAGUAAAGCCAGAAGAGAAAAAUUUGCAUGGUAAGAGAGUAAAGCGAUUAAAGCACCAACAACACGGUGAAGGAAAGAAAAUAAAACAAGGAAUGCAUGGGAAGAGGGAGAAGGAAAAUCGAGUAAAGCGAGACGCUCAAGAGCGAAAAAUGCAAAGAGAGUGGAGAAAGAAUGUAAGAAAAGAUGAGCUAGAAAGGAGAAAUAAAGUAAAAGCAGAAGAGCGAGAAAGGAGAAAGAAAAUAAAAGAAGACGAGAAAAAAAGGAGAAAGAAAGUCAAAGAAGAGGAAAAAGGGAGAAGAUUGUAUCAAAAGCAAUUAAGGCGAGACUUCCGAAAAGAGAGAAGAAGCGAAAAGGAGCUGAGAAAUAAAAAGCAGUUUAAGAGAGACAUUCAAAGAGCUGAUCAAGAACAUGCAGAGAAUCUUAAAGGUGACGGAAAGAGAGUAAAGCAAUUAAAGCACGAAAAUGGAGAAAAGGAAUCAAAGAAAGUGAAUCGAGAGAAGCACAGAGAAGGUGCAAAGAAAAAGAAACAUAAGCAAUUUAAGCAAGCUAAUCAAAAAGAAGAUGAGCCUAAAAAGCAGAGUAAGAAAGUUAAACAGGUGAAUCAUGGAAAACAAAAAGUGCAAAGAAAGAAAAAGAAAGUUGAUAGAGUAAAGAACGUCAAUCAGACUGAGGAAGAAAAGCAAAAACGGCAACGAAUGAAAAAGAAAGUUCAGCGAAUUAAGAAAACGGAGGACGAAAAGCAAAAAGGGCAAAGAAAGAAAAAGAAAGUUAGACGAGUGAAAAGGCCAGAAAAGCAAAUAACUGAAGUUGAAAAAAGUAAGCACGGAAAGAAAGUAAAGAGAGUGAAACAAGUAGGCAAUGCAAAGGAUGGAAAGCAAAAGAAGCGGAGGAAGCUACAAAAAACGAAGAACACAAAUAUAGAGAUGGCAGUUGAUAAGUGCGUUUCAAGUUUUUCAGCUUUAAGCAUGCCGGUGGACUUGCAAGGGGGAAGAAGCUGUGAUGGAAAAGCUUUUGUCACAAUGCAGUGCAUUUUGUUCGAAUUGGCCAAAAGCUGCACGGAGAGAGUGGCGACAGCGUACUGCGAGAGGACUUAUAAGUUAUUCGACCAAUGCACGGAUAAAUUUAUCUUCACGUAAAUCUUGAGCAAGAGUGUAUUCCGCAGAGGAAUUAUGAAUUAAUCAACACUUGUAACAUUAUGAAUACUCCACAAAUAAAGAAAUAACAUUGAACC